ACACACUAAAAGUAACAUGUUUUUCUUUCUGUUCCAGCUGCCGCUAUGGAAUCACUCAGGGCUUCCUUCUGAUAACACAUCCACCUGCUCUGAGAGUGCAGAUUUCCAAUAUAUCCUGUUCCCUGUGGUUUAUGGCUUGGUCUUUCUUCUAGGUCUGGAUGGGAAUCUCUUUGUGUUGGGCUACUUCCUCCGAACCAAGUCAGCUACUGCCCCAGCCAAUGUCUUCCUGGUGAAUCUGGCCACCAUUGAUUUGCUUUUUGUGCUCACCUUGCCCUUCCGCAUCGCUUAUCAUGCCCUCCAUAAUGACUGGAUCUUUGGGGAAGCCCUCUGCAAAAUUACAGGCUGCCUGUUCUUUGCCAACCUCUAUGGCAGCUCCCUCUUCCUGGCUUGCAUCUGCCUGGAGCGCUACAUAGCUGUGGUACAUCCGUUGAAGCACCUUCAGUUCCGGCAGCUGCGCUACCGUGUGGGAGCUGCCUUGGGAGUGUGGCUGGUACUCAUUGUGGCCAUCCUAUUCCUGGCGCUCCGUGGAUCCCUGACAAGCCCCUUUGUGGAUGGCCGCACUGCAUGCCUUGAAAACUUCUCCUCCAGUUCCUGGAAGGGGCGCAUCUCAGGCAUCAGUAUCUUUGCUGCUGUGGUUGGCUUUCUGCUGCCUCUUCUUUUGAUUGGUGUCUGCUAUCCUCUGAUUGCCUGGCGUCUACUGGCUUCUCCUGGAUUGCAGUCAAGUUCCCGAGCAGUGAGACGCAAGGCCCUGCGGACAGUGCUGGUGGUCCUUGGCGUUUUCCUGAUCUGCUUUGCACCGUAUCAUGUUGUACAGCUGGUUCACACAUUGGGCCGUGUGGGUGUCCUGGGUGGCUGCCCCCUUCUCCGUACCACCUAUGUGGCUCGUCGCAUCACUAUGGCACUGACCAGCCUUAAUGCCUGCCUGGAUCCAGUGGUUUAUUACUUUGCUGCUGAGCGGUUCGCUUGGCAACCAAGCUGGUGGAAGUGUGGCUGUUGUCAGUCAGAAAGCCCCCAACGACCUCUGGGGCUCCCUAGGUUGAUUGGCAGCAAGGCCUCUUCUUCUGGAAAAACCACAGGGACUGGCACAGAGCAGUGAGCAGAGAAACCCUCUCCCUCAACUUUAUAGUCUGCUUUGUUCCCUCUGCAUGAGGUGAAUGGAGACAUUUGUUAUAGUUACAUGGAUGUGAACUUCCUGCUAGUGCAAAGAAUGGACUGGAAAUGAGUGAGCAAAGGAGACUCAAGAUAGCUCUUAUCUGCUUUUAUGUGCUUCCAGACAAAUGCUUCCAAACAUGACCUAUCAAAGGACAUGACAUGAUUACUACAUCUUUCCCUCCUUCAUUGUGAUGUUUUGACCUGAGACUUUUCUUGUGUGAUUGCUCUGCUGAUCUGGUGAGAGUUUUAGGGAAAGGAUAGAUAUUGUCCUUUACCAGUUC